AUUGAGAUAUGAGCGGAGUCAUAAACGCAACAAUCCAAUGGGAAGUCCAUCAGUCACUAACACAGUAUUAACAUCGCAAAAACCAGCGGAAUUACAAGAGUUGUACUGCCGUUAUUCUUGUCUACAAUGAGAGAACUUCACUUUAAGGAUUACUUUUGGAAUGGGGAGCUGACCAGUACUGGGGGUUAUGACUGUAUCAUCCAGCAUCUCAAUGAUGGUAAGAGGACAUGCAAGGAAAUAGAAGACUUCAUGAAAGCCAGAGCAUCCAUAGAGGAGAAGUAUGCCAAAGAGCUACUGGGUCUCUCCAAGAAGGUGUGUGGGCACAAUGAGAUGAACACACUGAAGAGAUCGCUGGACAUGUUCAAACUGCAAACUGAACAUGUGAGUUUAUCACACCUACAACUGGCACAAACAAUGCGGGACGAGGCAAAAAAACUGGAAGACUUCAGAGAGAGACAGAAAGAGACAAGAAAAAAGGUAGAACAACAGAUGGAUGCCCUACACAAACAGAGGGCCACGCAGUUCAAGAAAACCAUGGAGACAAAGAAGACAUAUGAGCAGAAGUGUCGAGACAAAGAGGAAGCAGAACAGAACAUGAACCGAAACGCCAGCACCAGCAAUGUCAAGCAGCAGGAAAAGCUAUUGACAAAAACACAGCAAGCAAAGCAGAAUGCAGAAGAAGCUGACAGGCUAUACAUGCACAACGUGUCUGUGCUGGGGAAAACCAGGGAGGACUGGCAGAAAGAACACAUUAAAGCAUGUGAGGUAUUUGAGAAGCAGGAAGUGGAGAGGAUCAAUACUCUAAGGAACAUGGUAUGGACUCACCUCAACCAGCUCUCCCAGCAGUGUGUCACCAGCGAUGAGCUUCAUGAGGAAGUGAGGAAGUCUCUUGAACAGUGUGACAUACAGGAGGAUAUAGAACACUUUGUGAACCUCAGACGGACUGGGGACAAACCGCCUGCUCCUGUUCUGUAUGAGAACUUCUACAGCGGUCAGAGGGUCCCCGCAGGACCACCGUCCUCCCGAACGGCUCCUCCUAUCACUAGGAGAGGACCAUUGCCUAACCCAGACAAUACCGAAGGUGAUGUGAUCUACUCAACUGUAGAUCCAGGCUACAGUGCUCUACAAUACUAGAACAUAUAUUCAGUGUUUUCCAUGGAUAUUGACUGUCUGGUGGAUUUACACAGAUGGCUGAGUGGGGAUUCCUUCAUUGACGGAUAUGAAGAGUGGACUCUGUGACUUCGUGGUCAUUCAACAGUGACACCUGACAAACCAACUACCUAAAUAGCAGCAAUGCUGACGUUAGUAGAGCAUGUUUGAUUGUGUCACCAUUGUGGCUUUAUAGCUGUGUUAUAAACAGUAAGAUGAUGUUUCAUAGCUCAAUAUGUAAAUAGGUUCCAGAAUGUAUGAAUAUACUUAGUUUUCUACAGUCUAAACCAGGAAAUGUAAUUAAAGCAAAAAUAAAAGUAAUCCCUUUAUAAGUUAUUAACAUUUGGGACAGCAGACAUUCCAAAGCAUUUUGCAACUUUUCAAUAUAAGAGGGUUGCUUUUAUUUGUUGAUUAAUAACAUUAAUAUUACAACAAUACAGGUACAUGAUCUUAAUGUUUUAAAGUUGUGUGAUAAAGGCAAAAUAACUUUAAUAAUUUAAAUAUUUGUUGUUGAACAAUAAAUAUGUUUGUCAGUCACUUAAUUUACACAUUAUUCUGUACCUUUGUAGAACCUAGUUGUUUCCUGUUGUGGUCGAUAAUAAUCUGAUUGGUCUGUACUUGAACACUACAUUGUGUUACUCAGGCUAGUUUCUGGUUGAUGAUUGCACACAGAUCUUGAUAAGAAAAUUUAAUAAAGGACAGUUUAAGGUUG